AUGAACUCCUCAGUGCGGCUCAUGCAGCGGUUUCUAAAAAUUGCUGGUCUUUCUUGGGAGCGCCGACAACAACUGCUUGCUUCCCGAGGGCAGCCACGCUGCUACAGAGUCACAGAAGCUUAUGCUGGAAAGGAUGUGGAGUUUGCUUUCUCUGCUCUUGAAGAGCAGUUCCAUGAACCGAUCAAAGCGUUGGGCUUGUCAGCCAGGAAUAAUGCAUUCCAAGUCCUAGCUUUUCGCCUUCUGGCAAGAAUGGCUGGCGCAUUGCACUUGCUACUUCGACUUCCCAGAGCUGGGUUCCCAUAUCGUCUUUUCUCUUUGCUCCAGGCCAGUGACCCCGAACAGGCAGCUGAAGACAUGCUCAAGCUGCCUGAUUGUCUCUUUGAUCCGGGCUCCAAGAAGUUUAUAUCUGAAAACGGCUCCAAGCACAAACUCUCUGACACCUUGACAUUGCUGCAACUGGAAGCUCUUGCUGUCAUGGCUGAGUGGAUGUUGUCUCGAUUGAGACCCGCCAUGCUGCUGCCAGAAGGCUUCUCAUGUCCAGGAGUCAAACAUGGUCCUUUGCUUUCACAGACAUCGCAGCCGAACAUCUCUGCCGUCAGCAUCGAAAGGCGGCCGCGGAUGACGACUUGGGCAAGUGCCAGCGCUGCAAACCUCGCAAGCAACCAGGUUUUAAACGCGGCAGGAAGAAUCCGAAAAAGCCACCGUCUGGCAAGAAGUUUGGAAGAAAGCAACAUGGUCAAAGAGAGCGACGAGGUGGUGGAGCACAGCGUGCAUUCUUUCAUGACAGACUACAACAGGCAGGACCAGAUGAAUGGAAAGACCGGGCAUCGUUGUUUAGCAAAGUCCAUGAUGAUUUUCGAGCGCUUCCGGAGAGAGAUCUCCAAUGGUACAAAGAAUUGGGCCAGGCUGCCACAAUAUCACACAGGCAUGGAGGCCGAGGUUUUGAUGCCCUCAGCUAUCUCCAUGUUUGCACCAUCCUCUGCGUUGGUCCCACUUUCUCAUCAUGAGUAUGAAGCAGGUCGCCAGAUCGCCCUGGCACAGAGGCGUGCUUCAAAUGCUAAACGCCUUGAGCUGGCAAAGGAGCGUGCGGAGACUUUGGAACUCCGUGAGUACCAAAAGAACAAUAACAUGGACACCCAUGGCCUCACAGAUUCGGCCUUGGACGAAGCUGCUGGAGUUGCUCUGGAACCAGGGCCGCUCUUGGUGGGCAAGUGGGGUCCAAAGCUUGUGCCAAUGUGCAAGGCUGUGUUUGAGGCGGAUUUAUCUGCUUCUGGAGGCCGUCAGUUUCGACUCAGCUCCCGUUUGGAGUCCAGUUGGCAGCAAGGGACCGUUCUGAAGCUAGAAUCUGAGUUGCCUCCUGGCUUCAAGGGCACGGAACCUCGGACUCUGUGCUAUAAGCAUGGUAUGUGUGUUUGUGGCGCAGCUUCGGAACGUUCGGAUGACAUGGACGACUGCGUGCUUUUGCAUAGCAAGAUGGUGGCCUUGCUCCGACCAUAUAUCGCCCUGAAGAAGAAACCCAAAAGAAAAGAAGGAGACAGCAAUGAGGCAGCUCCGGACCCUCGUGCAGCAGAAAGGUCAAGGGAAGCUCGCAAGCCACCCACAAGAAAGCAACUGGAUAAAUCAUUCCUGGUUGUCUGCUUUCAUUUGCCCUCUGAACAGCAGAGAAGGGUGAGAAAGGCUGAGUCAGACAGUGCUGGUGUUGCCGGGCCCUUCAAGUCUUGGUGGGCUGUCAGUGUACCUGAGGAUGAGAUUUGUGAAGAGCACUGGUAUCACAUUAGCUAUUGCAAUCUGCAAACAAUGAUGUUUUCUUUCUUGCGCCUGGAGCGUGUCAGCAGUGAGCCGACUCUGGACGUUGUGGGCAACACUGUCAUUCGACUCAAAGUUGCCGAUGAGCUAUCGGUCAAGACUUCAGUCCAGGCUUUCAGUGAAUUCAAUUUGAAAUUGCAGUGGCAUGUGUCUUGGUAUGCCAUCGACUCCACCACCAAACCGAUCGAAACGACCUAUGUCACUCCAAAUACUGUGGAUGUUCAGUUGCUACCAGAGUCUCAGAUUCCGACCAUGUUUGUCUGGCAGGGCAGUGCUGAUGAAAAAAGACUGCGAAAGGAGAAGCUGAGACUGGGGCGAAAGAGAAAGCAGACUGGUGAACCUGGCGGACGCCGGAGUGGUCGGCAAGGACAGGUGCCUCUGGAGAAUGACGAUGCUGGCACUGGCAGCCAGGAUGAUGGAGCUCUUGGAGAUGAGCUGGAAGGCAGGGCGGACAACUUUCAAGAGGAAGGAGAUCGAGAUGAGAGUGUGGACUCAGAUAAUGGCUGUGGGGUCGGCUCCUUAGGCGGCGAUGUAGAAGAUGAGGGGCUCGACAAUGUCCUAAGGUUUGCGUCCUUCUUUGCAAGCUGUGGCCCAGAGGGCUCCUCCGGCAAUGUGCCUGAAGCAGAGCAAAAUUCUGCAGAAGGCGCCACAGGCAGUGCUGAGGCGCUGCCUUCAGCUGCUGCAUCCUCUUCGUUGCCCAGGCCCAUGGCUUCUGAACCACCGUCCGAACCAGCCGCUGCGUCGACAGACACUCCUUCGGCCAAGGUGAAAGCCAAGGCUAAGGGCAAGAAGAAGGAGGUGAAAGAAGAUAGUAUCGUGAUAGAGCACAAUGGUGUGUUUUAUGGGACAUUGCGGCACAAUCCGAAAUCAAAAACCAUCACCGCGUUUUGCGCAACGGAGGGUCAUGGCAAGCAUGGAAGCUGCAGAAAGGAGCGCACAGCAGAUCCCACUGACAGGGGUCGUGCUCAAGGCAAAUCCGGUAGGCCAAUUGGUUUCCUGACGUACUGGUUGCUGAAUGGCCACAAGCAUGCAGAUGCUGGAUCUCAUGUGCACGCCUUGCAGUCUGCUUCGCUGGAGGAGAGACAGCGUGCGCGAGAGAUUUUCAACUCACUACAGGGAGCCCGUGCUUUCAGUAAGGAUGCAGAACGAAAACAGGAUGACGGUGAACCGGACGAGCCUGUCAUCAGCUGCUAA